AUGAAGAGCACAACACAAGUAUUCUACAAGCCAUCACCUACCGAACACGAGACCUUCUCAGUGGUUGUAAACCCAGACGAGUACAAGAAGUGGUCACAAGGCGACAGGACGAUCCCAUUGGUUGAAGUUGUCGACUCAUUUGAUAUCUUCUACUCUGAACAAGGCUUCCAAGGCAAGUUGGGCAGAGCUUCAAAGCAGCAAUUGGACAAUGUUUUCGGUACUCACACUGAUGACGUCGUCGUCGCAAAGAUAUUGGAAGCUGGUACUGAUCAACCAACUGAAUUGAGUGGUGGUAGCGCAAUCAAGCAUCGUUAA